AUGCGGCACAACGAGCACAGCCCUUUGCUAGAGGGGCAGCGCAGCACGCGAGCCCGCGGGUGGGUGGAUGGCGCUCGUACAUGGUGUUUCGCCAACGCGAGCAUGCUGGGACUGCUUUUCAUUCCUUGUCUUCUGGGCUUGAUCCAAGCCGUGCAAAUCCCGGCAGAGAUCGAUGCGAUUCGCUCCCUCAGCUGUGCUCAUUAUUACCACCUGCACCCAGAUCAGAUACCCCCUAUUCCGUAUGAUAGUGAAAGCUGCAUGCGUCCGGAGGUGGAACAACAUUUCAGCACGUUGGCAACGUAUGUCACAUUCACCGUCGUCCUGGCCAACUUUUUUGGCAUGCUCGUUUACGGGCGCCUCUUUGAGGCUCAGCAACGGAGGCGUCUCGCUGCGCAGGGCAUUUUUGGGCUCCUAGUGGCACGUAUUCCGUUUCUCAUUCUUCCCUUGUACCAAUAUCCCAUUCUCGCGCCACCAGACGUUCGCUCGCUGAACCCCGCACAGAUGUUGGGAGUGUUUUGGGCUUGUGCCAUCCUUGGAGGACUCAGUGGGACCAAUGAGCUGGUCAUUCUCACCGUCGAAUCUUUUAUCACCGAUACAAAGAGUCCAGAAAUCCGCUCACAAUUGUUCCGCUUGACGGAGGUAGCUUUGCUGCUCGGCUCGAGUAUCGGGCCCUUGCUGGGAUCCAUGUCCACCUGGAUGUUCCCCCAUGCAAGCAACGCAUGCAUCGGCUACAAAGAGUGCCAGAACAACACGAUCGUAUCUGGAACGCUUCUGCUGUUCAACAAUGCGCCGUACUGGCUUGCUUUUGUCUUUACUUGGGUGGCGUUGAUUUGGAUCUUGUUCGUCUUUAACUUUGCCAGCGUGGCAUCCACGACGAAGGCAAGCCGCGCUGACUCAAGGAGAGACAGUGAUGUAUCUAUGGGCCCAACGACAGAGUGGGGCGCAUCCCUCGGCGCAUUCCAGCGUCUGGUCCCUAUUCGACGCUCCCGCUGGUCGUAUGAUACGCGUGUCUUGCAAUUUACGUUCGCAAAUAUGUGUGUGGCAUUGAGUCAAGAAGGCCCUAUCGUGCUCAUGUAUGUCAUGGGCUUCGUCUUCCGCUGGGGUCGCGAUAGUGUGUCUCUGGCUCUUACCACACUCAACACGGUUCGAUUUGCCAACAUGGUGCUCGCCUUGCCGCAUGUGCUUCAAGGCAUGGCUUCGCUCAGUCGCAAACCUGAACCUAUCUCCGACUUAACGCCCAAGCAGAUCGAUGCAUGCCUGGAUGCAGCCAAGCGCCUGGUCCCUUGCGAACCAGGCCAGGGUCGAUCUUCAGCUGUGCCACGUGAAUGUGAUACGAACAUGGCUCAGAUAACGCCAAAGCAGCGUGCGCUCGUGUGCUUAUGGCGCGCACAAAUUGACUUGAAUGUAUCGCGCAUCUCGUUUCUUUUCAAUGUGGUCGCAUGGCUCACAAUCUUUGCGGGUGUCACCUGCACGAAAGAGUGGCUCGUCAUCGUCGGCACCGUCACCUUGGCUCUCGGAAGCGGCGCACAGUUUCUUCUUCGCAGCGCAGCAUGUACUAUAUGUGACUACAUCGUGGAACAAGAAAACCGCUUCUCACUACCGAGUCCAACAAGGGAUACGUCGACGACCAAACGCGUCUUGCCCAGCGGCGCCGACAGUUACUUGAUCAUCUCUUCCACCUUGCUUUUACCAUGCUUACUUGUGGGACUGUGUGUCCGAAACGAAAUCUAUGCAAAGACGGUGUCCACCAAUCCCGGCAUCUUCUUCGUCGUCGUCGCAGCCGUCAACGCCCUGGCUUUGAUCGCCCUGAGUUGGAUGCCAUCCGCGACAUCAACGCGUGUGUAG